AUGGAAUUUCUCAAGACGUGCACAACCAAUGCGCAAGCGAUAGGAGACUUUGAAGCCAUUGCCUACCAAGCCAUCUCCGUCACCCGCACCACCACCACCACCUCACCUCAAUCCUCCAAACAACCACCCCCAUCCUGGAGCCCUUCCGAAGACACACGUGCUGUCGAGGCUGAAUUGCGCCAUGCUCUCCACCUGGUUGCGCACGACACUGCGCGCCCCUGGCUCUGGCUGUUUAAGCCGACCACGGUUGACAAGCUAGGCCAAGCCAGUCCCCAGCUACCAGAAAUCGAUGGCUACCGCUUGCAACGCGAACACACGGGCGCUAUUAAAGCCAUCGAUCUAGUCCGUCCGCCCAUGCGCCCAGGCGCUCCGCACCCACCCUCAACAAACGCGCCUCAACGAGGCUUACAAAGCGGUAACAAUCCAAAACCCGCACAGGGAAGCACACAGCCGCAACCGUCUGCUGACCUACCCCCACCACCUGAUUGCUUUACCCUCUAUGAGCUCUUCACAUCGUCGGUUGUCGCAUUGAUCUCGUUCCACGUUGUCAAAGACAGCCCGGUCGUGGCUUUGAACUAUCGCACAUUCGUAUCCAAAGCCUCCAAGUGCAUUGAUGAUGCUCAAACUGAUGUUGAACCCCAACCAGAGGUGCAUCGUCUUACCAGUAUCAAUGUCCACUGGGCUAGCUCAGGCACGCUUUUGCUAUCAACUUUUACUGACCGAAAGAAUACCAUACGUUGCUUGAGCAGCGUCUCCACCCAAAGUGAGGAGAGACAGCUUGUUGGCACAUGCAUCCGUGUAGCACCCAAUGGUGUGCUUGCCACCAUCAUCAGUUUUGAAGAUCCUUUAGAUUCCAUCAACGAGGAAAUUAGCAUCCGUCACCGGAAACGUACAAAAUCAACAUCUCUAGAGCAAAACAUUGAGAAAUGGAAGUCGAGCGUCAAGCGUUGGCUAGGCUGGAAAGGCUACGAUUUGCCUGACUUAGACCAAAGAACCUCAUGGGUCAGGAUUCGCACUACGCUAACGUCAAGCCCCGUUCUCUGGAGCCCGGCUUCAGUCGGGCCAGAACGGGAUAUUCUAUGGCCACGAGCACUGUGUUUCUUCCACGUUACAAAUGAACCGGACCCUACAGUUACGGGAACAAACGCCAUCAGUACGGCUGGGAACUCCAAUAUACUGAGAUGGUUCGAGACACCAGAGUCCAUGGGCUUCAAGGACCCACUUGAUGUUGCACAAGAGUGGUUUUUGGGAAAGCCAGACCGUGAUAAGAUUCUUGAAGCACGUAAAAAGGCCAAAAAGGCCGAAGAAGACGCUGCCCGUCGUAAAGAGGAACAUCCUGGUCUGCAUCCAUCAUCGCCGCUCAACGCUCGUGGGGGAACCUAUGGCGACUUACAAGCAGUAAGCGGUGUGUACCCAACGCCACCAGAUGGAAUUGCCCCUGGCACUGGGGUAUCCUACGGCGACACACCGACUGUAUCUGGCACAGGUUCCAAUGUUGUUCUGGUCCCUGGAGGAAACAAUCCUGCCAUCAAUCUCUCUGCUCCACCAGACAGUGUCAAGACGGAAGACCAACAAAUGAUUACGACAUCUCCAGCUGUUCCUUCUGCGACCGAUAACUUCAACGCAUCUAGCGGUAACGAUGAUCUUUUUGAGGACAUGGAGGAAGACGGUUACACAGGUGACCGUAUCAACGAUACAGAUUUCGAUUUCUUUGACGGCCCGGAUAAUGACGACGUUGACAUGCUAGACGCACCUGCUCUCCCUAAUGAUAAUGCACCACCUACUCAUGCUACACAGGACCCGCAUCCCAAGGCCACUACUGAGUCCCAGGCCCAAGAUGACAUGUCGGAUCCUUUCGCAGCCCUCGAGAACGCCCUGGCUACAGCUUCUGAGCCUGUAAUGAGUCAAGACCAUGCAAAAGGCAAAGAACCCGCGCAUAUGCCAGCGCCCAAGAUUGAAAUCUCUGACAAUUCAGGAGACAACAAAUCAUCACCAGUGCGCAGAAACGUUUCAUUCUCCAGGGCACCCACGCCGCCUCUCAGUCCUAGUAAGAUCCUCAAAGCGCUAGAGCCGUCUCCACCUCGUAAAUCAGCAUCACGCAUUCGAUCAGAACGAAGUUCCGAGAGUCACCCUGAUGCACACUUCACUCCGGUUGUGUUUAAUCGUAAGAUGAGCUUAUCUGAUGCAAAGUAUCAGGGCGGACGGUUUAGUGCACAUCGCCCCACGACUCCGACUGGUCAAGUUCAGCUCAGUCCCAGCCCGGCUAGAAAUGCUCCCACUACACAACCGAAAAGCUUGAGAGAAUUUCCUUUGCUUUCGAAGCUUCGGCUCGCCGCUGGAAUUGCAUCCACGAACCGAAUCCCCGAGAUAGCGUCUCUGGCUCGUGCGGUUAGUGACGAUUCAGAUUCUUCAAGUGAGGUGUCGGAUGCAUCUGGCAACGAUUCUGGAGAUGAAGAGGUAGAGGUGACGCCUGCUGCAAUUAUGCAUAGCCUUACUAUGCCCGCCAAGAGAAAGCUGCAAAGUGAGGGCAACGCGACCCCACUGUCCGUGACCUCGUUUGCAGAAUCCCUAGGAGGGGACUGGCUAGAAUUGUAUGGCUUGCACCUAGAUGAAGCCAAUCUCAGUAGUUUCGAGCCAAGUCUUUGGGACUGGUCUCUAGUCAACGUCCCUUCUCCAGCUGAGCGGCCUGUAGCUGGAGCACGAUACAGUCUGCCUGCUUUGCUACCAGGCCCUGCGCAGAUGCCCGACACCCCUACUUCUCAGCCCGAUCCCGCGUAUGAGGUACCGGAUGAGAAGCCGCUGAGUGCAAAGGACAGCAUAUCCAUCACACAAAUCGUGACUGACCAGCUUGUCUCUACAACACUCGAUAUGCUCAACGAGGACCCACCCGUCAAGAGCGAAUUCAACAACGAUGCUGUGGCCGAGACGCCUUGGUACAACAUUAUUAAAAACCUCUUUCCAACGGUUACGGAUUGCGAUCUGCCUACAUUAGCCAGUGUCAACGAAGUAUUCCAAGACUAUGCCGCUCUGGCCAAAGCACAGCAAAGGCCUCCUGCACGAAAAUCAGACAGCCCAGCAGUCACAGGGAGUCACAUGUAUCAAAUCCAGGCGCCAUUCCUGAGAGUGCGCCGUGCAGAAACGCACUGGGAUCUACUGCCGCCUGCGGUGGCGUUUUGGGAGACUCUAGGGCUCUCCCCUAUCAGCCACCCAAAGAACAUUGUCACAUUCUGUGUAUAUCCCCACAGCGAGGCAAUCAGGCCGUGCUUGGAAAGUUUUCUACUUAAUCUCCAACUUACCUACGAUGGUUGUAAACUUGGUAAUCAUAGUCGGGUAGAGACAGCGGCAGAGUACGAAGGCGGUCUUGUACCUGUCAGAGCAACCUCGACCAUUACACCACGAGAAACAUUCAAACUUCUCAGAGAUACUUGCAUCCAGCUUGGUAAGCAUCUCGCUCUCCAGUACGGCCAGAUACGAGAGCAGCAGGAUUCCAAGGUCGACGCUUUUGUCAUUUAUAUGAUUGAUCCUUUUGGAGGAUCAUCAGCAGUUUGGGAGCUGUGUUCGGCCUUUUGGGCGCUCUUCCAGGCAUACACGCAAGGUCAUCCAGGACGUCCAGACCAGCCACAGAAGCCAGAUGUCGUGCUACAGAUCAUCCCGAUGAAGUACGUUGCUUCAUUUGAUGCACCCGUUAUCCUUGACCCAUCUACGUACAUGGGUCUUGCGCGAGAGGUCUACGAUCGAUGCCCUCCCAGUGCGCCAAGUGGUGACAAGACAUCUCUCAGCAUAUACAAAGCACCCGCGUUCCAUCUGGAAGAGACACUGCCGCGCAAUAUCCCUUUCAAACUUAUAUCAGAGCCGGCCCAGGACUUGCUGCGGGAAAACACGUACAUGCAUCUCGGCUACGCCAUUAGUCUCGAUGGUGCGUGGGUCACUGCUGCAUGGACUGACAGCUGUGGCAAGUCCCAAGCAGUCGUCUCGUACUACCUAGGGACAAGAAUGUUCAGAGAGAUUGCAAAGGAGAUAUGGCAAACCACGAUCGAGAUACUGCAAUCUCGAAGAGUCAACUGGCGUGUCUGCAUCGCUAAAGCUGGUGUACUUGAAAGGGAAGAGCUCGAGACAUGGGUCUUUCUCAUCUCAUGUCCUACACAGAUCAAUGUCUUUGUCACGUUGCUCACAGCAGUUGAUACGGAUCCGCCAUACCAAUUCACCCCUACGGUGCCUAAUCCAACCCCAGCAACUGGUGCUGGAGCUACUACUCCAGGUUCUACACCCCAAGCUGGUGUGUCGCCUUCAGAUCCAGGACCAGGUCUUACACCCGCCGCCACACCUGCCGCCGACCCCACGGCUACAGACCCAGCUGCCGAUCCCGAAGCACGUCUCAUAGAUGUAACUGACGACACUUGGGGCAUAAUUCUUGCCCAUCGUUUGCACAAUUCGCACACAACGACCCAAUUCAGCCCAGCCCUCAUAUCCGGCCUGCUCAUCAAACGCGGCGAAACAUUACAAACGUCCAACAGCAUCGCGCACCCUAUUCCAGACCCAGAGCAAGGACCCAUUGUCAUCGCCGUAAAUUUUCUCUGGAUCGGUGCAGUAGGCUCAUCUCGUAAUGCCGCGACCAACUUGCCCUUUCCCUCAGGUACAUCGUCUUCUGCAAAUGCAUCGGCAUCCUCCUCAAUAUCGUCCUCGGACCUGCCCAGUCCUGGCGGUUCCAAUCUCCCGAAUCCAUAUGCCAGCAACCCUGGUACGCCACAGAGUCCUGGACCGGGCCAGGAGGGUCAGAGAAGCACAACAAGUCUCAUGUGGACGCCUACACCGCAGACGAGAACGACAGCCGAAGGACUGCUGAAAGAAGUCCUCGGACAAUUUAGGGCAUUGGGCUUGUUGGCUAAGUUGAGAGGAAUGAGGGGUACGAGGAAUGGAACUAUCCCCUGGCAUGUUGCUGCUGCUAAGAGGGGAGUUGAGGGUUUGAGUAAGAUUAGCAGUGGUGUUGGAACUGCAGUGUGA